UACUUUCGGUUUUAUUAUGAAGCACAAUCAUCAACUCGAACGUGGGGUCCUCAAGUCUAUUCGCACGCUGCUGCUGCAUAACUAAAUUAAUACGAAGAUUGCCCUUUAUAUGAUAUGAGUGUGUAACAUAGAACAUAGGCUAGAUCUAUUCUUAAUAGAUAUAGGCUAUCGUUUCCUUGACAUUCAGAAAAAAUUGCAACCUCAUUCGUAAGAGCCCGCAUGCAAACAGCCUGUUCGGAAUGCCAAAAAUGAACUUCUCUCCGCUGCUCUUCCUGUGCAUGGAUGUGUGUGUGGUGCAGACAGUCCGCUUGGCCCAACUCUCCCCUCUUCUCCUCCACCAUCCCCUCAUCACCUUGUGGGGUGGAAGCCUGCUCCGUGCCGGCCUCCACCUCUUUCUCACCUUCACAUUCCCUGGAAGUCCCCCAUGGAUGAGCAGCUUCGAGGGGCUCCAGAGCAUAGGGGUCCUCUGCUUCCAUUGCCCACUCUACAUCAGCCUUCUCUGGGCAUGUGGCCAGUCCAUCCUGGGGCAACUAUGGGGAUGGCACUCCUGGCAGGGGCUACUUCAGGGCUACUGCGUAACAGUCGUAGCAUGUUUGUACUGGACACGCUACGUCCCUUCUCUUCUUACCAAGCCCACCAAGGAACCACAGAAGAAGACUGGGGCCUCUCUAGAGAAACUGAUGGGAUACAUGAAGCCUUAUUUCAUACGCUUUGGAGGCGUGCUGAGUCUUGUCGUCAUCUCUUCCCUUGGUGAGAUGGCUAUUCCCCACUACACCGGCCGAAUGACAGACUGGAUUAUGAAUGAAGACGAGCCUGAAGCCUUUACUCACGCCAUCACAGUCAUGUCUCUGAUUACAGUCAUGAGUGCUGUGUGUGAGUUUGUGUGUGACCUCAUCUACAACAUCACCAUGAGUCGCAUACACACCUCCAUCCAGGGCCUAGUCUUCCAGUCGGUGCUGAAGCAGGAGAUUGCUUUCUUUGACAGGGCACAGACAGGUGACCUUGUGUCACGCAUCACCACAGACACCAACGACAUGAGUGAGUCUCUGAGUGAGAAGUUGAGUCUGCUGAUGUGGUACUUCAUGCGGGUCACUUUCCUCUUCAUCUUCAUGCUCAAUCUCUCCUGGAAGCUGUCACUCUUCACCGCUAUGGGGCUUCCUAUCAUCUGGGUCAUACCAAAGAUAUCCGGCAAGUGGUACCAGGAGCUCGGUGCGAAGGUUCAAAAGUCACUAGCCCAGGCCAAUGACGUUGCCACGGAGACCUUCUCCUCUAUGAAGACAGUACGCAGCUUUGCCAACGAGGAGGGCGAGACGGAGCGCUACAGGAAGAGGCUGGAGAAGACCUACUCUCUGAAUAAAGAGGAAGCAGCAGCCUACGCAGCCUCAACCUGGACCAAUAGUAUGUCAAGCCUGUUCCUGAAGGUCAGUAUCCUGUACUAUGGCGGUAGUCUGGUGACAGGGGGGACCGUCAGCAGUGGGGACCUGGUGGCCUUUGUGCUCUACGAGCUCCAAUUCUCCUCUGCUGUGGAGGCCGUGAUGUCGUAUUACCCAAGUGUGAUGAGGGCAAUCGGUGGCUCUGAGAAGAUAUUCGAGUAUGUGGACCGACAGCCCCAGGUUCCUCCAGAAGGCACCCUUGCCCCACAGAAUCUUGAGGGACAUGUUCAGUUCAAGAAUGUCACAUUUACCUACCCUACCAGGGAAGAUACACCGGUGCUCAAGGGCCUGUCUCUGGAGCUGAGGCCUGGGAAGAUCACUGCCUUGGUGGGGGCUUCUGGAGCAGGGAAAAGCACCUGUGUGAGCCUGCUGGAGAGGUUCUACCUGCCCCAGGAAGGAGAGAUCCUAUUGGAUGGACAGCCACUGCACAGCUACAAGAACCAGUACCUACACGACAAGAUCAGUGUGGUGAGUCAGGAGCCGGUGUUGUUUGCUCGUUCUGUCAAGGAGAACAUCAAAUAUGGCAGAGAUGAUGCCACUGAUGAGGAGAUGUACCGGGCUGCUGAGCUGGCCAAUGCCCACAAGUUCAUCUCUGACCUGCCCAAUGGCUAUGAUACAGAUGCCGGGGAGAAGGGAGGCCAGGUUUCAGGAGGGCAGAAGCAACGCAUAGCCAUCGCCAGAGCUCUGAUCAGAAAGCCUCGGAUUCUAGUGCUGGACGAUGCCACCAGUAACUUGGACACAGAGAGCGAGUAUUUGGUCCACCAAGCUCUGCUCAAGGACUCAAACCCCUGCUCAGUGCUGCUGAUUGCUCAUAAGCUGAGCACUGUGGAGAAGGCCAAUCACAUUGUCGUUCUUGAGGAGGGAAAGGUGCUAGAGGAGGGGAGCCAUGUUGAGCUGCUGGAGAAAGGUGGAACCUAUGCUGAUCUGGUGAACAAGCAGAACACUGGCUUCCAGCGCAAAGAAGGGGAGGAGCUGAAAAACUAAAACAGAGGCUCCAAUCCCAUGACACUCCUCAAUUUACACUGAAAUCCCACUUCUGCCAUCUUCUGCCAAUCCCAUCUCACAUUUUCAACAUUAUUACUUACUAGUUCUACUGCAUCACAUAUGCUUUGCAAUUACUCUGAGAUCAUAGCAUCAAACUUUAGUUAAAUUAUCUCCCCUAAGUGAUUUUGAGGUACUCAAAGAAAAAACGAAUUACAAGAACAGUCCUAUAAUAUUAAAGGUUUCAUGCAAAGAGCACAUUUGUAUGUUCAACUUUCUAUUUGCACUAUACUGCAACUUAAGUAUUC